GAAGCACUUUGUACGCGCUAAAGCUAAAGCUGUUCUCGUGCGCCGUGCACGAAAGAGCUGCACUUCGACGGGCCGUGUACGUGUCCGCGCAAUACCAAUUGGCAUAAAUUUUGCACCACUGGAAAGCCGCGAUCGUCCUCUUGAAAAGCGCCGUUCACGGAGAAAAUGCGUGUGCGGCUCGCCUAGUUAUUUCGCAUCCGAAUGAGCGGUCUGCCGCGUGCGCCAUAUUUGUCGUCGCGCUGCCCAGGCCGAUCGGCGCCCGUGCGCGGCGAGCAGCGCUGAGGAGGCCCUGCCGGCCGAGCUUAAACGCGCCACGCCGUCAGCCCCCGAGAACCCCCGGAAGAGGACGCGAUGGCGCACCAGGCCAACACGACCAACUUCCUCCUGCAGGACAUGACCGCGGGACGGCAAGUGAUAAAAGUAUUGGCGUCCGACAAUUCGCAGGUGCAGGAAUUCAUCGGCUCGCUGGCGAAUGGCCAGCAGAUCAAGCUGGUGAAGACGACUAGCGGCGGACAACAGACUUUAACAAGCGUGCCACAAGUGGUGAAAACUCAAAAACUUCUAACCACACAAAAUUUACCUGUAGGUGCAAUGACUCAGGGAGUACAAAAAUUAUCCGAUGGUCAAUCGACGACAGUGCGUCGCUUGCAGCCGAUCAGCAGGGUUGUGCAAAGUGCGCCGAAAAUUGCCGUACCUUUGUCACCACAAAUCAAACAUCGGAUGUCGCCGACCAAAUCGUUUCACACAUCGCCGCCGAUUUUGGAUCACACGGGUAGUCGGAAACGCAUAGAAUCGCUGGAUCCUUCCGAUUGUGUGCCCGAAAUCAAACGAAGGAAAAUGGAAAAAGCCGAAAAGGGCUUGCGGCACUUUUCGAGCAGAGUCUGUGAAAAGGUGCGCAAGAAAAAGGCUACCACUUAUAACGAGGUCGCCGACGAACUUGUCAAAGAGUACACCACGCAAAACCCAGAAAAGUAAUACGAUCAAAAAAAUAUCAGACGCCGGGUGUACGAUGCGCUCAAUGUGCUAAUGGCGAUGGGAAUCAUCUCCAAGCAGAAGAAGGAAAUCAAAUGGAUUGGAUUACCGUCUAAUUCUGUUCAGGAGUGCAUUCAGUUAGAGCAAGAAAAGCGCAAGAAAAUGCAAAGCAUCGGUAUGAAAAAGAAGUAUCUCCUGGAGCUGAUCACCAACCUGAUAUCGUUCAAGAACCUCGUGACACGUAACCGUGAACACGAAGAGCUCUAUGGCCGCCCGCCGGCGAGCUCCUGCAUCGAGUUGCCUUUCCUCGUUGUCAAAACGGAAAAAGAGACUGUUAUUGACUGUAGUAUUUCGCAGGACAAGAGGGAAUAUAUGUUUAAUUUUAAUGACAAAUUUGAAAUUCUCGACGAUUCUGAAGUGCUCAAACAACUGGGAAUGUUAAUGGGUUUGGAUGAUGGCACAUGUGAUGCGAAGGCAUUGGAAAAACUCAUGAACUUAGUACCUAGUGAACUUCGGGAAUAUGUUAAACAAAUUGCAAAUUCAGAUUUGCAUAAAUUAGGUCCAAAUGUGCUCGGCGACCCUCACAUCGAUUCAUCCUUGCUGGACGAGGUCAACUCGCACCAGUCAUCCUCGCCGGCGCCUGAGGACUUCUCUGACGACGACAUAGACUCGGACGUGUCCGAUAUGUAAGAAGGCUGAACGUGCGGUGCCGGCCGUCGAUUGCGUCCACGCGACAUCCCUAAACCACUCCCGCCCCACAAGCAAAAGAAACACUACACACAUCCCCAUUCUCACAGUCACACACUAUAUUUACCAAAACACGCGUUAAACAUAUUUUUAAUAAGUAAACGAGCCGCCUGGUCGCGACAAAGCGGAGCCAGCGGACAUAAAUUAGGUUUAAACUAAAACUUGUGUAACGGAACGAAAAUAGGACUGAGAAGACAAAGUAAUGAAUGUUACAGUGAGUGGCAUGCGAUGCAGUGUGCGGGAAAUGCCGGUGAAGGAGUGGAUGAGGAGCGGCGCGAUGCAUGCCAGUGGGGAGAAGAAAAUGAAUAUU